GUUUUUGAACGACACCCUUCACUUGCCGCAUGCAGUGCUACGUCCACUCUCUUUUCAUACUUUUUUUACAAUAAAACUAGCUUCCUCAGUUAGUACCAGUGCCACAUCAUGGUGCUCGACUUAGACUUGUUCCGUGCCGACAAAGACGGUAACCCCGACAAAAUCCGUGAAAACCAAAAAAAAAGGUUCAAAGAUGUGGCCCUUGUUGACACCGUGGUCGAACAGGACACUCUCUGGAGAAGAUUACGCCACGAAGCUGACAAUUACAACAAGCUCAAGAAUGUGUGCAGCAAGGAGAUUGGUCUUAAGAUGAAGAGCAAGGAGCCUGUUGGCCCAGAAGACCAGCCGGUACCAGCAGAAAUAGCAGAGAAGCUAGUUGACCUGACUGGAGAUGACUUGAAGCCUUUAACUGUUAACCAAAUUAAAAAGGUCAGAGUAUUAAUAGAUGAAGCCAUAGCAAAGAAUGAACAGGGUCUCAUAGCGGCAGAGAAGGCUCGUUCCGCAGCCCUCCGUGAAGUAGGCAACCACCUCCAUGAGUCUGUCCCUGUGGACGAUGAUGAGGACCACAACAAAGUGGAGAGGACUCACGGAGACUGCACCUUUAGAACCAAGUACUCUCAUGUGGAUCUUAUUUGUAUGAUUGAUGGUAUGGACGGCGACAGAGGCUCAGCCGUGGCCGGCGGGCGCGGGUACUACCUCAAGGGCGCAGCGGUGUUCCUGGAGCAGGCGCUCAUACAGCUGUCUCUCAGGAUACUGCUGAAGAAGGGAUACACGCCACUGUAUACGCCGUUCUUCAUGAGGAAAGAGGUGAUGCAAGAAGUAGCUCAACUAGCCCAAUUCGAUGAGGAACUGUACAAGGUGGUCGGCAAGGGAUCUGAGAACAAGGGCGAUGUGGCCAUCGAGGAGAAAUAUCUCAUCGCGACGUCUGAGCAGCCGAUAGCUGCCUACCACAGGGACGAGUGGCUGCCUGAGGCUUCAUUACCCAUAAGGUAUGCAGGUCUCUCAACGUGUUUCCGUCAAGAAGUCGGUUCCCACGGACGUGAUACUCGGGGUAUCUUCAGGGUUCAUCAAUUUGAGAAGGUAGAACAAUUCGUCCUGACCUCCCCCCACGACAACGCGUCCUGGCAAAUGAUGGACGAGAUGAUCACCAACGCUGAGGAGUUCUACCAAUUGUUGGGCAUUCCCUACCGAGUCGUCAACAUCGUGUCAGGGGCGCUCAACCAUGCGGCCGCUAAGAAACUGGACUUGGAGGCCUGGUUCCCAGGGUCUGGAGCCUUCCGUGAACUGGUGUCGUGCAGCAACUGCUUGGAGUACCAGGCUAGGAGGUUGCUUGUCAGAUACGGUCAAACGAAGAAGAUGAACGCAGCCACGGAGUACGUGCACAUGCUGAACGCGACGAUGUGCGCCACCACGCGCGUCAUCUGCGCCGUGCUCGAGGUCAACCAGACUGAGGAGGGCAUCAAGGUACCUGAAGCCCUGAAACAAUGGAUGCCUGAGCAGUACCAGGAACUGAUUCCAUUCGUGAAGCCAGCACCCAUCGACGUGGAAGCUGCCGCCGCCGCCAAGAAAAAAGGAAAGAAAUAAAAUUGCUAGCAAAAAUAAUGUUGUUCAUUCCCGCACAUGAAGCAUUUUAUUUAUUUGUUACGCUAAGCUUAUAUUUUGUAAAUUAAAUGAAUGGCCAGACUACUAA